CUUUCUUCGAAAGCCUCUUGCUGGAUUCAAAUUUCUCUGCCCUUGAAGCAAAAACAUGGUUUUGAACACUAUCCGGGCAACCAUUUUUCUCUUUCUCACCGGACCCGGCAUCGUGGGGAACAUCUCUGUGUUUGUCAAGUAUACGUGCGCUUUCUUUUCGGGCACUGCGACGAAAUCUGUACACCUUCUUAGCAUCCACUUGGUUUUUACAAAUACCGUGAUACUUUUGUCCAAGGUAACGCUGAAAACAAUAGCGAUGUUUGGUGUGAGAAACGUCCUGGGCGACACGGGCUGUAAAGCGUUUGUGUUUCUGGAGAGGGUGGCCCGGGGCCUUUCGAUCUCCACCAGCAGCUUCCUCGCCGUGGUCCAGGCCACCACCAUCAGCCCCAGAGCCCCCGUGCCCGCCGGCUUCAAGCCAGCAUCCGCAAGGCACAUCCUUCCCUUCUGCCUCUUCUUCUGGGUCCUCAACUCCUUGGUCAGCAUGAACUUACUCUACUACGUCAGAAACACGAGCAGCCUAAACAGGUCACAAGCUAGCCACGGAAAUAGCUGCUCUUACGUCCUCCCAAGAAGCCAGAUCAUGAAGUGGACGUUUCCCAUCCUCAUGGCCCUGCGGGAUUUCUUGUUUCUGAGUCUCAUGGGCUGGGCCAGCACCUAUCUGGUGCUUCUUCUCCACAAGCACCACAGACACGUCCUCUACCUUCAGAAAUCCAAGAUCCUCCACCAGACCCCCCCCGCCGAGAGAAGAGCCGCUCACAGUGUUCUCCUUCUGAUGCUUUGUUUUCUUUUAUUUUAUUGGACAGAUUGUAUUCUUUCUCUGGGCUUAAAUUUCUCCUUAGAGAAUGCUUCUUUCGUAUUAAAUAUUCAAGAAUUUCUAACUCUUGGCUAUGCAAUUCUCAGCCCAUUUGUGCUGAUUCACAGAGACCAACGUAGGGUGGACGUUGGCACUCUAAAUAAAGCUGGGACAACUCUGUUUUUUCACUGA